AUGCCGUUGUGGUGCAGCUGCUUCUUCGUGAUGGUCCCUUGCGAGAAAGCCAGGAAGCUGCCAUUUGCGCUGCGGCUCUUUCCAGGCCAAUUAAGUCCCAACUUUGCUUCAGAUCAGGAACAGGGUUUGCUCCUGAUCGCGAAGAAUGGUUUUUUGCAGGAGACCAAAGGACUAAAUGCGGCAAUCAACACUUGCCGCGCUGGAUCACAAUGGGAGCAAGAGGCUUGGUUAGCACAGGUCCUAAGAAAACAGACUAAAGGUCGCCAUGAUGCACUGAGGCUUGAUGCUGAACAUGUGGUGAGCGCUGCAGUUGCUGCAUGUGGCCGAGCCUUCCAAUGGCAACAGGUUGCUGUUCUCUCUGCCAGCAUCGAUGCCUGUCGCAGGGCUGGAAAUUGGGAGGCGGUGAAGGGUCUGGUCGUAUUAGCUUUGGCAAAUGCUACUCGCUGGAUUGAGGCAGAAAACCCUGGAAUUCGUAGCUAUGAAGCUGCAUUGCAGGCUUGUGCUCAAGACGAAGACGAAUUCCGAAGACGAAUUACGAAGACGAAUUCCCCGAAGACGAAUUGCCCCCCGAAGACGAAUUCCCACCCGAAGACGAAUUACGAAGACGAAUUCCCCGAAGACGAAUUGCCCCCCGAAGACGAAUUCCCACCCGAAGACGGAUUCCGAAGACGAAUUCCCCGAAGACGAAUUGCCCCCCGAAGACGAAUUCCCACCAGAAGACGAAUUACGAAGACGAAUUCCCCGAAGACGAAUUGCCCCCCGAAGACGAAUUCCCACCCGAAGACGGAUUCCGAAGACGAAUUCCCCGAAGACGAAUUGCCCCCCGAAGACGAAUUCCCCCCCGAAGACGAAUUGCGAAGACGAAUUCCCCGAAGACGAAUUGCCCCCCGAGGACGAAUUCCCCCCCGAAGACGAAUUGCGAAGACGAAUUCCCCGAAGACGAAUUGCCCCCCGAAGACGAAUUCCCCCCCGAAGACGAAUUCCGAAGACAAAUUCCCCGAAGACGAAUUGCCCCCCGAAGACGAAUUCCCCCCCGAAGACGAAUUGCGAAGACGAAUUCCCCGAAGACGAAUUCCCCCCGAAGACGAUUCCCACCCUACGACGAUUGCGAAGACGAAUUCCCCCGAAGCGAAUUCCGCCUUGAGCUUGUUGGAAGAAAUCGAGUGCAGGCAGCUUCCUCGGGACAAGCGCAGCUUCAACACAGCCCUGAGCGCUUAUCGAAGAACCAUGCAGAAAAGUGAGGCCAGAAAAUUGGCCAUGACUGGCAGGAGCUACAUCAAGCGAAACUUGAGACAAGCUGCAGGUGAUGUGAGACAGAUCUUGAGACUGGUGGAGGAGGCAGAAAAGUUGCCCUGGCCAGACAAGAAGGAGCUCGGCGAUGUUUUUGCCGUGGCGAUGAAUGCUAUUGGACCUCUUCCUUUGCAGACAGCUCCAGAGGAAUAUGGUGAGCUUUGCGUGAAAAGGCUACUGGUCUUGUGUCGUGUAGACCCCCAGGAAGCACGGACCUUCAAUAGCUUCUUGGCCUUCUACGGCAUCAGACAGGAGGAUCCACGCUUGCAGCAAGCCUUGAACGCUUUGACCCGGGACUCGCUUGCGUCAGUGGUGCUGGGCUCGCCCCCCAUGCGUGGUGAAAAGGAACGAAUAGCAUCGGAAAGCAGCAGGUGUUCAUUCACGCCUUUGCGGCCAAGGAAUCUCAGCUACAGCAGUUGCGACACCACCAAGCUGGAAGAAGCUAUCGCCGCUGUGGCUGCCAACGCCUUUUCAGAGAAGGAGGAAGGCAAGCUGAGCGAGUCUGAACACCAAGGAGUGGCAGUGCCAGCCGUGCCACGAAAGAUGGAGUUGCUGAGCCGUCCAGAGACUGCGAACGAUCGGAGCGAUGAGCCUUCUCGCAGAGACUUUCCGCGAGUGUCCACUGCCGUGGACUUGUCGCCCAUCCCAGAGGAUCGCGAGAAAGCUGGCAUGGCACCAAGAGGCACGGAUGGAUCGGAUUUUUUGGAGGUGCAGAAGGCAGCGGGAGAGAUCAGUCAAGGCAUGCCAAAAAUUGUGGUGGUGAAUGGGGUGUCCUACACCCGUUUGCAGACCAUUGGAAGAGGUGGCACUUCCAAGGUACAGCUACACCCUGUUGGGUCUCCUCAGUUUGUGUCCAAGAUGGCUCGGCGCAACAUUCUCGCUGUGGCCUUUGUUGCCGCUGUUGCUGCCUUUGCUUUGCGAUGGAGCUCUACCGCCUUCCUGCCUGGCAACCAGCCGAUGCUCCGGGCGGGCGCCAUGGCAAGUGCUGGUGCACUGGCUGCUAGCGGUGCUAUGCCUGCCAUGGCCGAAGAGGGUGGCGGCCUGCUGGAUUUUGGCAAGGUCGAGCUGGGCGGUGGAUUCGCCCUGAACCUCAACAUCCCAGAUAUCAACCUGGUCAACAUCUCCAUCCUGAUUGCUGGGCUGUUCUACUUCUUGUCCCCAGUCUUGGGCGAGUCCAUGGCAUCUCGGGAGAAGGAAAUCAAGUCCGACAUUGAGGAUGCCAUUGCCAAGUACAACGAGGCCACCAGCCGAUUGGCUGAAGCCGAGAAGAACAAGGCCCAGGCCGACCAGGUGGUGAAGGAAAUCAACGACAGCAUCGCAAAGGACAUUGCUGAGUUCCAGUCCAACCUCAAGGAACAGGCCAAGAGAAAGAUGGAGAUGCAGGAUAAGGCCCAGGAGAAGAGCCUUUCAGACUUGCAGGCUCGUACCCAGGAGAACUUGGAGGCCUUCAUCGAUAGCCAAGCUGUGACCCGGGGCCUCAAGGAGCUGAAGAGUCUCACUGUGGCCCAAAAAAAGAAGUUCAUGGAUGCAGCUAUCGAGUCCCUGUAA